AUGCCGAGGUCUGCGCAGGACUCGUCUAGCAGUAGCUAUGACUCUGAUAGCUGGUCCGAUGGCACGCUGGAUUCUCAGCCUGACAGUGCUGAUUUACUUGAUAUCCGAGACAACAGCGAAGACCACCCAAACGAAGAGGCUGUACCGGAACGGAUAUCACAGCAGGAUGCAGUGGAGCGGGCUUUUGAAGCCAAGCGCAGCAGCUUCGAGGAGGAGUUGGUUAUACAGCUAUGCUUUUUGCAUUUGCAACACCAGCUGCAACAGAAUUACCCGAGCCGACAGGCUGCCGCUCGGCUUCGGGAAUUCAAGCGAAGCCACGCCGCAAACCACUCGCGCACAUUGCAGACCACCAUUGCCGGGUUCCUCUCUGAUGAGAGAGCCCAGGACAUGGAACACAUGGUGGGAGCAAUACGAGUCAUGCUGCAGGCGGACAUCCCGGAGAACGACGAGAACUGGAUACGGACGUUGGCUGAAGGCCCUCUCCCACGACAGCAUGUUUUCCUGCAGACAGCACAACGAGCUAUCUACGAAGGACUGCAGCCGACGACAGGCCAUCUUUCGGCCAAAAUGGUAUCUGACACGGCAGUUAACCUGGCAGGUAACGCCCUCUACCUCUUUUCCCUGCGGCUCUUGUGGCCGCUCAUACCAGAUGACAAAAGACUUCAGAUACAACAGUGGAUACUCAGGUACCGCGAAUCAUCGGAGGACGCCGGAGCUGCGGAACCAUCAUCCUCGUCCGGACAGGGCGCGGAUCCGGCACGAGGGUAG